GUUUUCCCCGCGCAGAGCACCCUGGGAGAACUGACGUCAUUUUCCAAAAUGGAGUCAAUCUUUCACGAAAAGCAAGAGGGCUCACUGUGUGCCCAGCAUUGCCUCAAUGCUCUACUGCAAGGUGAGUACUUCACGGCAGUGGACCUGGCCUCGUUUGCCCAGCAGCUGGAUGAGGCUGAGCGUGAGAGGAUGGCAGAGGGAGGAACAACAACAGCAGAGUACCAGCACUUCCUACAGCAACCAUCUUCAAAUAUGGAUGACAGUGGCUUCUUUUCCAUCCAGGUAAUCAGUAGGGCGCUGGAAGUGUGGUGCCUGAGACUGGUACCAAUAACAAGUCAGGAAUACCUGGAGACAUCUGAACACCCCACACAAGAGGAAGCUUUCAUUUGUAACUUCCGUGAACACUGGUUGUCCAUCAGGAAACUGGGAUAUCAGUGGUUCAACUUGAACUCCCUUCUGAUUGGUCCUGAGUUAAUAUCUGACACCUACUUGUCACUCUUCUUGGCACAGCUACAACAAGAAGGCUACUCCAUUUAUUCUGUACGAGGAACUCUCCCAGAGUGUGAAGCAGAUGGAAUCCUGAGAAUAUCUCCAGCUGUGCAACUGGAAAGACCCAAACUCAUCAGUGAAGUGAACAAACAGAGAGAGAAAGACGAGGGGAGAUUGAGUGAUGCCAGUACCGGGGGGCAGUCUAGUCAGGAGGAUGACCCAGACUUGGCUGAGGCUCUGAGAAUAAGUCGGCAGGAGAAUGAGCUGGACGACAAGUCACUACAGGAGGCACUAAGACUUAGUAUGCAAGGUUAUCUAGAAAGUGUUCCCCAGCAAGGGCAGGACCAUGCCCCAGAGUCAUCUGGUGCCAGUAGCAGUGCACCCCCCUCCCACCCGACAAAGGAACCAGACCCUGUUGACCUUGAUGAGUUGAGGCGGCGGAGACAGGCUUUCUUUGAAAGACAACAGACCAACCCUGAAUCUCCAGAAAAAGGACCACCUGCAGAGCCACCCCAGAACAAACCAAAUUCCAUAGAGAAUGAUGUUUCCCCGGUGGACUCUUUACCUGAUGAGGACUCCAGCAGGGAGGAACCAGCCGUGUCAGAGAUGACAGAGGAUGAGAUGCUUCAAGCAGCGCUGAAGAUGUCGAUGGAGGCAACUCAGCAGGACACCGACCAAUCACAGGACACCAAUUCUACCUCGUAACACCGGGAAUAACUUCUUCCCAACCACCCCUCCAGUGUCAUGGAUUUUCCCACAUCCUGCAUUGGUGUGGUUCCAGUCUUCCAAAGCUGACCUUCAUAGCAGUUUUCAGCUGGCAUCUUGUCUUGUUGUUUUUCUGCACAGGAAACACAUUUAAUUCUCUGUACUUACUAGUUCAUGGGAGUAAACAAUGAUUGGCAUCAGAUCAGUGGAGAAAUUUAUUACAAAACAUUUAAUUUAGCAAUUCAGAAAACAGUCAUAACUGGCAAAAAAAUGGCAAAGCACAGACUAGAGACUGCUGUGGAGGUCAUUCCAAACCUACUGUCUGAGUUAUGACUUAUGUAACCAUGACACAAAUUGAACAAAACCAUAACCUUAAGUCUCGUCACUCUCUUCACACCAGAUAUCUUUGCAAGUCAUCUUAUCAAUGGUGCUCUUUGUAAUGGAUUCCCAUGUAUGAAUCAAGCACAAUUAGAUUAUGUAUAAAAGAGAACUUUCUUGAUAUACGUACAUGUAACUGAACUAACUGCUGGGUAGUUGAAGAUCACAGGGGAGCAAAAUGUUGCAGUCCAGAUAACAUAUUUCUGUUCCAUCAAACGGUAGCUACUGGUAGUAUGGUUAAUCUACACGCACAUUGGCUACACAGACCUGAUUCUGGGAUUACAUGACAUACAACAUGUAGAGUCUAAUACUGUUGACACCAUCUUAAGAACAUCCACAUUCUGUGUGAAAAGUCUCAGGGUGGAUUAUUGUACUUAAGCUUGUGUUUUAUGUUAUUUGCAGCUUCUUCUCUAUAGUAAAGAUUUCACUAUUUUAGUAAAGAUACUUGACAAUACUUCUGACAUAAUAAAGUCAGCCAUUUAUGUGCUAGCAAAGAUGUUAUGUUUUACUGAGAUUCUGUUCACAAAGUUGUUGAUUAAAAGGUUUAUUAUGGCAAAUCUGUUAUAUUUUUUUUAUCAAGCAAACUUAGUAAAAACAAAUAAACUCAGCAGACAGAGAAGUUGUAUGCUUUCAGAUUGAUUUUAAUGACAUUGAAGCAGUUACUGGAACUAUCUAAGAAAGUAUCGGUUGUACACGUGAACCUCUUAUCAUCAGAGGCUUCUAAAGAACACUUGGAGUUAUAUAUACAGGUGUCUGGUUGUGUUACACAGAAGUAAACUUCUUAUAUAUAUAUAUAUCACCAGGGGCUUGUUCAUUAAGUAGUUUUACAGAACACUUGGAGUUAGAUGCCUGAUUGUGUUACACAGAA